AUGGGCAACAUCUCCAGCUCUCCCAAGAUAUCCGCUCAGGAUCGAGCGAUCCUCGACCUAAAGAACCAACGCGAUAAGCUUCAUCAGUACCAGAAACGCAUCACCGUCCUCACAACGCGCGAAACCGAAAUCGCAAAGGAAUGUCUAGCCCGGAAUGAUCGAAGGAGCGCCCUCCUUGCCCUUCGCCGUAAGAAAUACCAGGAAUCCCUUCUGGCCAAGAGCGAUGGACAGCUCGAGCAACUCGAGCAAUUAGUCGGGCAGGUGGAGUUCUCGCUCGUACAGAAAGACGUGCUUUUUGGGCUGCGGCAGGGAACGCAAGUUUUGCAGGCUAUUAAUAAGGAAAUGGGUGGAAUUGAAGGCGUGGAGAAGCUGAUGGGGCAGACGGAGGAGGCGCGCUCAUACCAAGAGGAGAUUAGCCAGAUGCUUGCGGGAAAUCUGUCGAACCAGGACGAAGACGAAGUCGAAGAGGAACUGGCGGCACUGCAGGGUCCAGUGGUAUUACCAGAGCCUCCCACUACAACU